UUCCGCCUCCGGCACCUCGAGCAGUUCCGCCAUGGCCUCCAGGAAGACCGGUCGUAGUCCUCCCAGGUCUCGGCGGGAACAGGAGGGGCGCUCCCCACGACAGGACAAGUAUUCGGUGCUUUUGCCCACCUACAACGAGCGCGAGAACCUGCCGCUCAUCGUGUGGCUGCUGGUGAAGAGCUUCUCCGAGAGUGAAAUCAACUAUGAAAUUAUAAUCAUAGAUGAUGGAAGCCCAGAUGGAACAAGGGAUAUUGCAGAACAGUUGGAAAAGAUCUACGGAUCAGACAGAAUUCUUCUAAGACCACGAGAGAAAAAGUUGGGAUUAGGGACUGCAUAUAUUCACGGAAUGAAACAUGCCACAGGAAACUAUAUAAUCAUUAUGGACGCUGAUCUCUCUCACCAUCCAAAAUUUAUUCCUGAGUUCAUUAGGAAGCAAAAAGAGGGUAAUUUUGAUAUUGUCUCUGGAACUCGCUACAGGGGAAAUGGAGGUGUAUAUGGCUGGGAUUUGAAAAGAAAAAUAAUCAGCCGUGGAGCCAAUUUUAUAACUCAGAUUUUGCUGAGACCAGGAGCAUCUGAUUUAACAGGAAGUUUCAGAUUAUACCGGAAAGAAGUUCUACAGAAAUUAAUAGAAAAAUGUGUUUCCAAAGGCUACGUCUUCCAGAUGGAAAUGAUUGUUCGGGCAAGACAGUUUAAUUAUACUAUUGGUGAGGUUCCAAUAUCAUUUGUGGAUCGAGUUUAUGGUGAAUCCAAGUUGGGAGGAAAUGAAAUAGUCUCUUUCUUGAAAGGAUUAUUGACUCUUUUUGCUACUACAUAAAAGAAAGUUUUUCAUUUAUACCUACCAUGUUCAUUUCAAUUUAAACAUAAAAAGAAGCCUGGUUACUGAUUUUUAUAAAAUGUACUCUUAGACCAUGAACAUAAGGUAAAGUAAACAUCAUGCAAAUAUUUUCUCUAGAGAAACUCCAUUUUAUAUUUCAAAUUAAAAUUAAGUUAUUGGUUUAGUGAGUGAUGUUCUCAGUUUUUGUUACAUUUUGCUGUAUGAUGACCUAUAAAUAAAUGCAUAUGGGUUUUUACAUAACAUGUUGCUGCUUUCA